AUGAGCGUGGAGCAGACGCCACCUUGGAAACUGGACCAGGGGCUGGAGGGUGCUUCCCGGCUGCACAAAGGCCGCAGUCCCCUGGAGGCUUUCAAAAAGGUGGGCGUCCCCAUCAUCGCGGCGCUGUUGAGCCUGGCGACCAUCGUCAUCGUGGCCGUCCUCAUCAAGGUGAUUCUGGACAAGCACUACUUCCUCUGCCCGCCUUUGCGCUUCAUCCCCCGAAGGCUGGUGUGUGACGGGCAGCAGGACUGUGCCUCGGGGGAGGAUGAGCAGCAUUGCGUCGAGACCUUCCCCAGCGACGAUGGUCCUUCCUUGGCAGCAGUUCGCCUCUCCAAGGACCGCUCCACCCUGCAGGUGCUGGACGCCCCCACGGGCAACUGGGUCUCCGUCUGCUUCGACAACUUCACAGAAGCUCUGGCCAGGACAGCCUGUGGGCAGAUGGGCUACGACAGCAAACCCACCUUCCGAGCCGUGCAGAUUGGCCCCGACCAGGAUCUGGAUGUCUUGAGCGUCACAGGGGACCACGGGGAACUGCAGGUGGGAAAUUCCAGCGGACCCUGUGUCUCGGGCUCCCUGGUGUCCCUGCAGUGUCUGGCCUGUGGGGAGAGUCUGAAGGCCCCCCGCGUGGUGGGCGGGGAGAAGGCCUCGGUGGACUCCUGGCCCUGGCAAGUCAGCAUUCAGUAUGAGAAGCAACACAUCUGCGGGGGGAGCGUCCUGGACCCCCACUGGAUCCUCACGGCCGCCCACUGCUUCCGGAAGCAUCUUGAUGUGUCCAACUGGAAGGUGCGGGCUGGCUCGGACCAGCUGGGUAACUUUCCCUCCCUGCCGGUGGCCAAGAUUCUCGUCAUCCGGCACAACUCCACGUACCCCAAAGAAAAGGACAUCGCCCUCGUGAAGCUGCAGUCUCCCCUCAUAUUCUCGGGCACAGUCAGGCCCAUCUGCUUGCCUUUCUUUGAUGAAGAGCUCAGCCCAGGCACCCCGCUCUGGGUCAUCGGAUGGGGCUUCACAGAGCAAGACGGAGGGAAGAUGUCUGAUUCACUGCUACAGGCGUCAGUCAAGGUGAUUGACAGCACGCGGUGUAAUGCUGAGGAUGCGUACCAGGGGGAAGUUACUGAGAAGAUGCUGUGUGCGGGCAUCCUGGAGGGCGGCGUGGACACCUGCCAGGGAGACAGCGGGGGUCCCCUGAUGUAUCACUCUAAGCAGUGGCAAGUGGUGGGCAUCGUGAGCUGGGGCCAUGGCUGUGGGGGUCCGAGCACCCCUGGAGUGUACACCAAGGUCACAGCUUAUCUCGACUGGAUCUACAGCGCCCGGAAGUCUGUGCCAUGAUGCCGCACUGGACACAGCUUCCCCCUGAC